AUUUUAGUCUGCGAAGAUCUUUUACGUGUCAUAGUCCGUAGUUAAAUUUAAAAUUUUACGAAUUAAUCGUGGAAGUGAAGAAAUGGCGGAGUUUAAUUAUUUUAACCGAACAAAAAUAAAUUCAAUGAAAGUUUAUUUACUUCUGAUACUUCUACAUUUUAUUAUACAUGGAAAUGCUAGGCCUCCUAGUCAAAAAGAGGAGGAAAAGAUCCACUUUGAUCCUGCAAGUGACAAAUAUCUGUUGUCAAAAGAUGAAACUUGUAUACAGGAUGUGAAAAAUCUAUGUAAAACAGUUAAAAAAGAAAAUAACUUUGCUGUGUUUGUUUGUUUGCAAGAUGCUGCUCACAAAGAUGAAGAUAGUCUUUCUGAUGAAUGUCAUGAAACAUUGUGGCACUACAAAUAUAAUUUAACACGUGAUCCUCGAUUCGACCAGGCUGCAUACAAAACCUGUGAAUCAACAAUAAAUACUAAACUUUUAAAAGAAUGUCCCAUGAGUUCAAUAACUUCUCCUGGAUUUUUGAUGAAUUGUCUCUUGGAACAUCGUUAUAUGGUUGAUGAUCAAAAAUGUAAACAGUUUUUGAUGCGAAUGUCAGCUAUAGUUUUUGAAGAUUAUCGACUUAUUAAAGGUUUUUAUGAUCAUUGUGAAGCUGAUGUUAAAAAAACUAACUGUGGAUCACUUAGCAAGCCAUCAGAAGAAUAUGCACAGCAUGAGCAAAGUGAAGUUGUUAGUUGUCUGGAAGCAAAUAUUAAUGAACUAUCUCCUGUAUGCCAAGAACAAAUACUAAAAAUUGCGGAACUUCAGGCUGAUGAUUAUCAUCUUGAUAGACCACUUUAUUAUGCUUGUCAAGAAGCUCGAGAGCGUUUUUGUCGUGAUGUUAAGUCUGGUGAUGGACGUAUUUACAAGUGUUUAACUGAACAUAUUACUAAUGACUUGAUGCCACAACAAUGUGCAUUAAAAUUAGUUGCACGAGAAAAGAUGGUGCAAAAAGAUGUUAAGAUUGAUCAUAGUCUCUGGUCAGCAUGUGAAGCUGACUUCAAGAAAUACCAAUGUGAGCAACAAGGAAUUACUGAGCAUGGUGCUGGAUCUAAUCUUUUAUUGUGUUUGCAACAAAGAAUUUCACAAGGUCAAAAUGUUGACCCUGCUUGUCAAACUGAAAUGAAUUCGUUUUCCAUUCAAAUAUUUGAAAAUUAUCAGUUAAAUCCGAUUAUUGUUGCAAAGUGUGAAGCUGAAAUUCAUACUCAUUGCUCAAAAUAUAUUGGUAAUCGUGAUAAUGGCUACAUGAUGGAUUGUUUAAUGGCAUUAGCACCAGAAAAUAAUUCUUUGAGCGAAGAGUGCUUUACAUCGAUAGCAGAGGUGCUACGAGAAACAGGAGCUGGUAGCAACUAUAAGGUUGAUAGAGCAUUGUAUUUGGCUUGCGAGUCUGCAAUCUCAACUCUUUGUUCUGGUAAAGAUGACACAGCUGUACUUACCUGUCUAAUGGAUAAUGCACAUUCAGCUAAAAUGCCAGAGGAAUGUUCUGCCCAAGUGUUUCAUCUGCAAUACUUUAUGUCACGCGAUUUUAGACUGGAUACAGAACUAUACUUGGAUUGCCGACAUGAUGCAGAAGAAAUUUGUCAUGCUGCAGAAUUCAAUGAAAAAUCUGAGAGUAAAAUACCUGGCAAUUUUGUCAUAGCAUGCUUGUAUCGUAAUUCUAUGGAUUCAAGUCAUGUAAAAAAAAAGGUUUCCCCGAUUUGUGCAAACCAUAUUCGUCGAGUCAUGCACCAGCGCGCAACAAAUAUUCGGUUAAUGCCUGAAUUAGAAACUCCAUGUCUUACUGACCUUGCAAAACAUUGUAUUGAUAAAGUCAAAGAAGGGGAGGAAAUUGAGUGUUUACAAAAUAACUAUGAACAUCUUACUGAUAAAUGUCAUGAAGCUGUAAAAGAGUUUACUAAGUUUGAAUCUAAGGACUUUGAUUUGGAUAGACACCUAGUUGACAAAUGUGGUCCAAUGGUUCAUAAGUUUUGUAAGCAUGAACUUGAAGAAAAUCAAGGAGAAAAAAUUCUUGAGUGCUUGAUUCAAAAUAAAAAUGAUAUUGAUAUGGACUACAAGUGUACUGAUGCAUUAGAACACUGGCAGUUGUUAGAGAUGAAAGAUUUGGAAUUUAGUCCUUCUUUAAAAGAAUAUUGUUUGAAUGAUGUCUUAAAGUUAUGUCGCAACUCAAAAACAAAGUAUGAAGCAGUCACUUGUCUUUCAGAGAAUAUAGUGAAAGAGCAAACAUCUGUAUCUGAAAACUGUAGAGUGCAGAUCAGAAAAGAACUUAUUACACAGAGUGAAAAUAUAAAGCUGAAUCCAAACUUGUUUCAGGCAUGUCAAAAAGAUAUCCAAACAUUUUGCAGCAAUGUUCCUUAUUCAGGGGCUCAGGUAGAGGAAUGUCUUCGUAAAAAUCACAGAAAACUUCAAGACAAAACAUGUAAAGAUUUGCUUUUCAAGCAAGAAGAAAUGGAAUCUCAAGAUACUGAACUUGAUUAUAGAAUGAUGCAUGUAUGUAAGUCAAUGAUAAAAAAGUACUGUAUGACUUAUACAGAAUCUCAUGAAAUUCUUCAGUGCUUGCGUGGAGUCACUCAUGACAGAGAGAUGAAACCUGCUUGUCGAGAAAUUGUACAAGAACGUCAAAUUGAACAGGCUGAAUCUUUUUUUCUUGACGCCGAUUUAACCAAAAAUUGCAUGCAAGAAGCAAAAAGCUACUGCCCUGAAGAAUUGGCUAAAGCAAAAAAAGGUGUAGAUGAUGGAGCUGUGUUUGGUUGUUUAGUAAAUGCAUUGUUAACUAAAAAGAAAUUUCAACCUAACUGUGAAACCUUUGUUCGUCAUCGUGAAGUUGAAGCUGCUGCUGAUAAAAAUUUAAACCCUCAGUUUUUAGCAAGUUGUGGUGCUGAGAUUAUGAAGCUUUGUUCUAAAUCAGAAUAUAACGAAGUCAUGGAGUGCAUGAAAGAAAAUAUUGCAAGAAUACAAUCAAAAGCUUGCAAAGAGGAAGUGAAAAAGUUAAUAGUUGAAGGGAUUGAGGACGUCCACGUAGACCGUCAAUUAAAUGAUGUUUGCGCCAGAGAUAUUCGCCAUUUCUGCAAUGAUAUGCCAGAAGAAAACGGUCAAGUUAUAAUGUGUUUGAUUGAUGUAUACAAUGCUAAGAAUCUUCGUUUACAUCAAAACUGCAAAAACUUGCUUGCUAAGAGGAUGUCUUUAUAUAGAGAUGCACAAGUUGAAAUAGCAACUUUUGAUAGUAUUUCUACUGUACUUGAUGCCAUAGCUGCUUCGCCGAAUAGAAACUACGUAUAUAUAUUUGCAUUGAUGAUUUUAAGCAUACUCUUUGUUAGCGGAUUAGUUUUCGGUCGCUUUACAAAAAAAGUUCGAUCUGACAUAAAGAACAGGUAGAAGAGUAUUAAAAUUAUGCUUUAGAGUCAGAAGAUUUGUUCAUCUUUAAAGAUGCCGCGUAACUAAAUGUUAUGUGGGUUUUCUAAUUUGGUAGGCAUCUUUAUAUCUUACAUGUGAUUUUUUUUUUAUCAGCUAAUAUGUAUAUUUUAAGAUGUUCUUAUAUGACUAGCCGUAGUUUUAAAUUGAUUUAAAUAAUGGCUUUAAAUUGAUUUAAAUACGGCUUUAAAAACAAAAAUAGCUUCAGAAGAAGAAGGUUGAAGCGACUGGUGGAAAAAAUAUUAAAUUUAAAUUGUUUUAUUUUUUUAAAUUUAUUUAACAUAGCUGUAUACAAGCAUUGGAAAAAAAUCAUUUUUUUUAUUUUUAUCAACAAUUUUUCCUGAAUUUUUAUUGUCCACUUUUUACUUUAUUGGGGUGUUUUUUUAUGCUAAGUAGAAAAAAAAUAAUUUUUUAGAAAAAUACAAAAUGAAUUUGUAAAGUUUUCGAACAAUCGUGCUCUUGUGUUUAAAUAUAUUUUAUGUCUCGGUA